AUGUUUAUGAAGAUAAUAAAAAUAUUUCAAGUCGCUGGAAUUUAUCCAGUUCGGACAUUCGAGUUAACAGUUUAUCAAAGUAACGUGGAAGAAAAAAGAUUUUAUGGAAAUUUAUCAACUUUCUGGUCAUUCUUCAACUUGACUAUCGUUCUAAGUUUGAUUAUUGCAAUCGGAAUGAAUAAUCAAAUAUUUUUCUAUGAUGAAAGUUCAAUUGGAAAUUUGAGCGACAUUUUAGUUUAUUAUUCAUUGCUAUUCGCUCAUCUUGUCAUCAUUAUUGAAUCGCUUCGAAAACGAAAGCAUCUUGUGAAAUAUUGGAAAUUUUAUACCAGAAGUUUGAGAAUUUCUAAAAUGUUUCGUCAGAAUAUUUGGAUUAGAAAGCUUUUUGUGAAAGUUUUGAUUCAUGCAACAAUAACAUGUUUGUUUGAGUUGAUUAUUUAUAUUGGCAUAACAUCAGAUAGGGAAUGGACGCUCUUCUGGUCUGCUGAAGUCUUCAGUUUGAUGAUCACUCGACUUCAUAAUCUUUUGCAUAUAUUUCUUAUUGAUGUAAUAUUUUUCACACUUCAAGAUAUGAAUUCACGUCUCAAAAGUGACAUUUUAUGGUUGAAGGUGAUAGGAGAAGACAAAAAAUUCACUAAAAAGUUUCUCUAUAAAAACAUUAAAGCCAUCAAAACUCAAUUUAAAAAUGUCAUGGAGAUGGUUCUGUGUGUCAAUCGAUACUUUCGUUGGACUCAGGUCUUUAAUAUGGGACAAACUUUCAUUGAAAUCACUUCAGAACUUUACUGGGUUUAUGUUUUUUCAGUUAAAGUUGAUACGGAAUUUUUAUGGGGUAAAAUUGUGAUAAUUGCAAUUCAAUAUUUUCCUAAAUUAACUACAAGAUGCAUUAAAGAAGCUCAUGAGAAGCUCGCUUUCAACAUUAACCACAUUGACGUCUUCAUUGAUGAUCGAGAAUUGAGAUCACUUAUAAUGGAAUUUUCACUUCUUAUUGCACAAUCACCAAAAUACUUCACCGCAAGAAAUUUCUUCAUAAUUGACUACACUCUUGCUGGAAAAAUGUUGUCAGCUGUUUUGACAUAUUUAGUGAUAUUUAUUUCGUUUGAACCAAGAUAG